AAAGAUUGCAGAUGAAGAGGCAAAGAAAAGAACCAAACCUUUACGUGUCAAGAAGUUGUAUGUCCUAUCAGCUUUACUCAUAGAGCAAUACCAUGAACAAAUGAAAAAUGCUCAAAGAGGAAAAGUUAAAGGAAAGAACUCAGAGGCCACUUCAGCUUUGGCUGGUUUGCUGGAAGAGGAAGUUCUGUCUACAACUAGUCGCUUCACAGAUAAUGCUUGGAGAGGGGCCGAGGCUUACCACUUCUUUAUACUUGCACAAAGGCAGCUCUAUGAGGGUUAUGUUGACACUGCACUGAAGACAGCUCUUCACCUGAGAGACUAUGAAGACAUUAUCCCUGCCGUUGAGAUCUACUCUCUGUUAGCUCUCUGUGCAUGUGCGAGUAGAGCUUUUGGUACUUGUUCAAAAGCUUUUAUUAAACUUGAAUCUUUAGAGACCCUCAGUGCAGAGCAAAAACAGCAAUAUGAAGAUCUUGCUUUAGAAAUCUUCACGAAACACACUCCAAAAGAUAACAGAAAAUCUGAAUUGGACAGCCUUCUUGAAGGAGGGGAAGGGAAACUGCCAACGUGUGUAGCCACGGGAAGCCCGAUCACUGAAUAUCAAUUCUGGAUGUGCAGUGUGUGUAAGCACUGUGUCCUGGCGCAGGAAAUAAGAAUCAGCUGAGAACUGACUGUCAUUCCUCUAGACCUUACUGUACUUGUUGAUUACACUCCCAGUAGCUUCAAUUCCAGUUCCAUGUAGAUGUGUGUAUACAUACAUGUAUACGCACAUAUUAUAGACAUAUCUUUUCUACUAUUGUGAAAGUUUAUGCCUGUUUGGGACUUACAUCUCUGAAAGUUUUAGUGAUCUGCCAGAAUGUCUUGGGGACCUUUGUCUUGCUUAAAAAUAGUACUAGGGAAAGACCUAUAGUAUGAGUUGACCUAAUUCGGUUUAUUCAGCAUGAAGGAAAUUUCAGGAUAACACCACCAACAAACUCUCUCCUGUUCGAUGAAAGGAGCAAAGAGAAGCAAAAUUGUCUAUAUGUAACAAAUACUUGGGGAGAAGUUGGACAGAAUGAAGCAUAUAUUGAAGACAGUAUAAUGAAGCAGUUAUAUUGUUUCUCUUCCUGUAAGAAGCAUGUACUGACUCCAUUUAAGUAAUGCUGAGUUGCUCUUUAUCACAAAACUUGGCCUGAAUUAUGUGAAGUUUCAAAGUAGAAUUAUAUUACCUUUCAGAGUUUGAAAAUACUUUGAUAGGCCAAAGUAUUGAGAUGAUGGGAACAACAGAUAAAAGUUUACAGUGAUAAGCAAUGUGCUUAUCAACAUUGUUGACCUGCCAUCAUGCACAAAUGCCGAUUUUAUUACACAUUUUUUUUUUUUGGUAAAAUACACUUUGAAAUGAUCUUUUUGUAUUCCAAGAGCUGAGAUUUUAGGUUUUAUGUGGCAUUAAGUAAAAAAA